GAAACCGAAAGUUUUCCCCUCUCUCUCGUCACAUUUUGUUGUGGGGUAGGUGGCCCCGUAUGCUUCUCUGAAAUGAGUCCAAAUCGGUGAAACUGUCCAUUGAUGAACUCAGCAGUUCUCUCUCUCUGUCUCUCUCUCUCUCUCUCUCUCUCUCUCUCUCUCUCUCCCUGUGUGUGGAAGUUGAUGGAAGAGGAUAGAUCGUCUCUCUCAUGACCUAUUGACCUCUCUCUGGUUAUCAGAACCAAAGAAAGAAGGUAGUACCAUAGGGGAGUUACAGGGUGGGAAAAAAAAAACAAGAAUAAAACGAAUAGCGUAGAGGAUGAACGGUUUCACUAAUCUUGAACCAGAUUACUCUGAGUUUGUUGAAGUUGAUCCCACUGGACGAUAUGGCAGAUACAAUGAAAUCCUCGGCAAAGGAGCCUCAAAGACUGUUUACAGAGCAUUUGACGAGUACGAUGGGAUUGAAGUUGCUUGGAACCAAGUCAAACUCCACGAUUUCCUGCAAAGCCCCGAAGAUCUCGAGAGGCUCUACUGCGAAAUCCAUUUGCUCAAGACGCUCAAACACCCAAGCAUAAUGAAGUUCUACACCUCUUGGGUUGACACCGCGAACAGAAACAUCAAUUUCGUGACCGAAAUGUUCACUUCCGGGACCCUUAAACAGUAUAGGCAAAAGCACAAGAGAGUUAACAUUAGGGCAGUUAAGCAUUGGUGCAGACAGAUAUUGAGUGGGCUUCUCUAUCUCCAUAGCCAUGAUCCCCCGGUAAUCCACAGAGAUCUCAAGUGUGACAAUAUCUUCGUCAAUGGCAACCAAGGGGAGGUGAAAAUUGGUGAUCUCGGCCUUGCGGCGAUGCUUCGAAAAUCACAUGCUGCCCGUUGUGUUGGGACACCAGAGUUCAUGGCUCCAGAAGUAUAUGCAGAGGAGUACAAUGAAUUGGUUGACAUUUAUUCAUUUGGAAUGUGCAUAUUGGAAAUGGUCACCUUUGAAUAUCCAUAUAGUGAAUGCACUCAUCCUGCUCAGAUCUACAAGAAAGUUACUUCUGGGAAAAAACCAGAUGCCUUGUACAAAGUGAAGGAUCCAGAGGUAAGGGAAUUUGUUGAGAAAUGCUUGGCGACUGUAUCACUUAGGCUUUCUGCAAGGGAGCUUUUGAACGAUCCUUUUCUCCAAAAUGAUGAUUGUGAAUUCGGUUUAAGACCGAUAGAUUGCCAACGAGAAGCAGAUUGCAUAGACCGGCAGCCAUAUCUCGAACUGGAUUGCGUUGGAAAAACAUAUAGUAACAGCUCCUUCAUUGGAUACUUAAAUGGUAUACCAUUUGAAGGCCAAAUUGGAUGGGAGCACCAUUCAACUGAGAUCGAACAAAGUGGGAUCGAACUAUUUGAGUACAACGAUGAAGAACACGAGGAUCAUCAUGCCCAUCUUGACAUAACCAUCAAAGGGAAGAGGAGAGAGGAUGAUAACAUCUUUUUAAGACUACGAAUUUCGGACACAGAAGGGCACAUCCGAAACAUCUAUUUCCCGUUCGAUAUUGAGAGUGAUACAGCACUAAGCGUUGCAACCGAAAUGGUUGCAGAGCUGGAUAUAACCGAUCAAGACGUGACUAAAAUAGCCGAUAUGAUUGACGGGGAGAUUGGUUCGUUGGUACCUGAUUGGAAACCGGGGCCAGGAAUCGAAGAAACCCCUAAAUUUGCAAAUUCACUUUUCUGCCGCAAUUGUGCCUCCAACCUGCAAAUUUUGCAAUGUUCUGGAAAUGGAUGCGCAGGUAUGCAUGGCCGGUUUGAAGAAAUCUGGGAUCGCCACGAAAGCCUGGAGUUCAGUUCAUUGGGAUCCCGAGAGAGCCAUUCGGAAGAACAAAACGAAAACUCGGACCAACCAACUGCCAAGGAGGAGAGGGAGAGAGAAAUGGACCACAAUGUUGCAUCUAGUGGAACAAAUUCUUUCAAAUCGUUACCAAGUUCCGAUUCUUUUACCGCGAUUCCAUCAUUAUCCCAUGGCCUUUCGGAGGAUUAUGAGCACGAAAUUCAGCAGGAGUUAAGAUGGCUUAAGGCAAAGUACCAGAUUGAACUGAGAAAACUCAGAGAUAAGCACUUAGGACUUGUACCAAAGCCCCGAAAACUCAGAGAUAAGCACUUAGGACUUGUACCAAAGCCCCCGAGGCUUCAUUCAAGUUCAGGUGUUUCCAAACUCAAAAUCCUUAAUGGGAUUUCAUCUUCUUCGGAUUUGAACCAUUUACAAGACAAGAUAAUUGCGAAAUCUUCUUCCAUUGACAAACAUUGUGGUUCAAAUUUGAACGGGCUGGUAGAGAAUUGCUUUCACAAUGAAGACGAUUCUAUUGUUGCUGCCAAUAGAUUGUACACAGGAUCGUUGAUUCCCAAUACUCUUCACAGGACAACUUCUUUACCAGUUGAUGCUAUUGAUUUAUAAGAUCUUCUAAUCUUGUGUUUGUUUUCAAUUUUAUGUUUUCGCAUAUUCCCUACCAUACGCUGAGAAACUUUGGGGCCUGGAGAGUUUGCAAUGUAGUAGUAGUAUCCUGUAUCCAUUAUAUAUGUAUACACAUCAUAUAUGGGAAACUUUGGGACCA